CGGCCCGCCCCGCUCCUCCUGACGGGAUCGCGGCGCGACGGCGCCAUUUCCUGGCGGCGGCGCCCAUGGCCUCGCAGGACGUGCUCAGCCAGACCACCCGGCUGGCCUCCUCCAGCGCCCUGCUGCAGGUGCUGUUCCGGGCGGUCACGUUUGGGCUGAACGCCUUCACCCUGCGCCACCUCUCUCGGGAGCUCCUCGGCGUCGUCAACGUGAGGCUAACUCUACUUUAUUCAACGGUUCUCUUCCUAGCCAGGGAGGCGUUCCGCAGAGCUUGCUUGAGUGGGAGUACGAAGCGAAACUGGACCAAAACAAUUAAUCUAUUGUGGCUGACAGUCCCUCUCGGUGUUUUUUGGUCUGUUUUCUUGGGCUUAGUCUGGCUACACUUACUUGAAGUACCUGAUCCUUCUGUGGUUCCUCAUUAUCAGGCUGGUGUAGUGGCAUUUGGCCUUUCUGCAAUUAUUGAGCUUCUGGGAGAACCAUUCUGGGUUUUAGCCCAAGCUCAUUUGUUUGUAAGACUUAAGGUAAUAGCUGAAAGCCUUUCGGUGGUGUCAAAAUGUGUUUUGACGGUUAUUUUAGUAAUCCUUUAUCCUCAGUGGGGCCUUUACAUUUUUUCCUUGGCUCAGCUUUUAUAUACCAGUGUUCUGGUAAUGUGCUAUGUAAUUUAUUUUGGAAUGUUUUUGGGAUCUCCUGAAGCAACAAAGAAGUCAUUUCCAGUUGCUAGAGUGAAAGCUCUAUUACCUAAAUUGGUGGAAGAUGAGACUUUCCUUAACUGGAAGGAAGCAAGGUUGACUUGGAGCUUCUUCAAACAAUCCUUCUUGAAGCAGAUUUUGACAGAGGGUGAACGAUACGUGAUGACAUUUUUGAAUGUGUUAAAUUUUGGAGAUCAGGGUGUAUAUGAUAUUGUGAAUAAUCUUGGUUCACUGGUGGCCAGGUUCAUCUUUUCGCCUAUUGAAGAGAGUUUUUAUGUCUUUUUUGCUAAAGUAUUGGAAAGAGGGAAGAACGUAAAGGAUCAGAAGCAGGAUGACAUUGCUAUGGCUGCGAAUGUAUUAGAACUGCUGUUGAAACUUGUGCUUCUGAUUGGCCUUACCAUCACUGUUUUUGGAUAUGCCUUUUCUCAGCUGGCUCUGGAUAUUUACGGAGGCUCAAUGCUCAGUUCUGGAACAGGUCCAAAUCUUCUCCGGUGUUACUCUUUAUAUGUCCUGUUUCUUGCUAUCAAUGGAGUAACAGAAUGUUUUACAUUUGCUUUGAUGUGCAAAGAAGAGGUAGACAGGUACAAUUUUGUUAUGCUGGCCUUGUCCUUCACCUUCCUGUGCAUCUCCUACUUCUUGACUCACUGGCAUGGCAGCGUAGGCUUUAUCCUUGCAAACUGCUUUAAUAUGGGUAUUCGAAUUGCUCACAGUACCCACUAUAUCUAUGAUUACUUCAAGGAAAGCACUUACAGACCUUUGACAGGCUUGCUUCCCUCACCAGUGUUGAUACUCGUUUAUGUUGUAAGUGGAGUAAUUACUGUUUUUUCAGAGGUAUUCUUCUGCUGUGAUAAGGGUUGGAUGGCAAGGCUGAUUCACAUCAGCACUGGGGCUGUGUGCUUUGCAGCAACCGUCAUUACUAUGUUCUGCACAGAGACCAAGCUGGUUCACUUUGUCAGAAGCCAGUUCCUCUCCCGGUAUAUGAAGAAAGGAACAUGAAACACUCAUGCAAAACAAGUCUCUUACAUGCUGGCAGUGAAGGGCUGUGUCUUUUGCAUUGAUCUGUGUGGAAAAAGGUUUCCACAUGAGUUUGUUGGAAGCGUUGAUACUGGAAUAGCAAUGUAGAUGGUUGCCAUUUGAAUAUUAUUUCUUCUUCUAAACUGGUCAGUGCAGUGAAAGAGCUGAGUAAUUUCUUCUUCAUGCGUCGUUUGUUUCAAGCUUUUCUUCAAAGAGCCUCUUUGGUGAUGAAGGUCUAUGAUAUACCCUUCUGACAUAACGUAGUUGCUACACGUUAUGUAGGGAGCUUCCAUUCUUACCAAUAGGGAGUACAUAUAUGAAGGUAUUUUAUGACUUAUAUUUAAUUAAGAUGUAAUUAAGAAUGACCUUAGUGAGCAUGGUGGGCUGUUUAACUGUUAGAAAAGAAAUGGUCUGACAUAAAUACAAAACAAAACACUGGAGCAAGAACCAAUAGCCACUAUUACCAAAUACCAAUAACCAGCUGUUACCAAAAUAGAAUGUGAUGUGGUGCAGAGAAAUCUGAGUUAUCAGUGUCCUGAAGUGUAAAGCAUUAAACAGAAAGUUCCAAUGCUUGCAGAUAAGUUAAUAGAAUACACAGCAUGUGUCCAUGCUAGCUAUGUAAAAUUACUUCCUUCAGCGUCAUUCAUUUAAUGAUGGUAUUAUUUAACUUGUCAAAAAUACUCCGAAGCUUUAACUCAUAUAUGUGUAUAUAUAUAUAUAUAUAUAUAUAUAUGUGUGUGUGUGUUUUAGAGCACUGGUUAAACAGGUCUGAAGUGCAACCAUGCUGAAGUUCCAGAAGGUUGAGUUAAACACAAUUUCUUUCACUCCAUUGUUUUUUGUUUUUAUUUGAGAUUUUCAAUGCAAGUGCGAACAAAUAUGUCUUAAUAAAAAAGACUUUUGCUUUUCUCCAAAACUAAAUGUUAAAUGUUUAAUAAGAUGCCUUUCAAGGAUUUGUGCGUAUGUUUUUGUUUUUGGAUGGAAAGUGCUGUUUUUCUUGCAAAGAGAUUUUUUAUCUUGUUUCUUUACAUGUUCAGUCUUACCUUUUAUAUUCUUUUUUUUACUUAAAUUAUGGAAAACUUGGAUGCUUAGAAACUUUAAAAUGAUGUAUUAGGUUGCUGAUAUGUGUUUGCCAAAGGUUUAUUUGGUUGCUGGUCUAAGACUUGAAUUGGCGGUUUCGGAAUGUACAAGAAUCGUGUCUAUAAUGAUCAGUGUUCCUUUGCGGUGUCUGAAUGGACCAGAAAUGUCAAGUGCGCUCCGACGUGCAGUCUGAAGAUUUUAGUUUAAUUACAUAGCAACUCUGCAGAUCCUGAGACAGCUUUAAAAAUACUUCACUGUAAUGGCAUUGUGGAGUUCGUACUGGUAGUCAUAGCUCUAGUGUCAGUGUCUUCAGUUUGGUGCUGUUAGAGACAUUUUGUAAACUCCUGUAAUUUUCACACAGAGGGUAUCACCAGAGAUACUUUAUAUGAGAUUUAGUGAUAGGAAAAUUAUCUCGGAGAAACCAAAAUACAACAGUAGAAGGAAAAGAAAAGUGCGCUACUCAGCGCAUGGUGGUGUUUCCGUUGCCUCAACGGAAGGUAGUAGAUAGAGAUUUGCUGGUUCUUCUGAAGUUGUUAUGAAACUUGUUUGUAUAAACUUGACAGCAGUUUGUCCUG